AUGAGUUACAUUAGCAUAUCAAAUCCUUCAAAUCCACGUUAUAAUUUCGCUUAUGCCCAUGACGGUAAUGCAUCGUUCCAUAUUAAUGACAUAAUGAUGUCAGGUAGCAGUAAUUCACAUUUAAUGUCACCAUCUGUUUAUACAGAAAAGAAAUUUCAUACAUUGUUACCUCCAUUAGUAGAUCAAGAAAAUAUGGAUAAUAAUUUGAAGUUAAUAUUAAAUAAACAUUCAUUUGACAUGAAUAUUUCGAAAAAAAACAAUCCAUCAUAUAACACCAAUAGCCCAGUGAAAUGUAACAAUACAAGUAAUGCCGUAAGGGUUUCAAAUUCUCAAAUCGAUGAAAAGUUUGCUACAAAUAACAACGGUCAAUUUGAAGAUACUGGUUAUAAUAAAUAUAAAAAUCUAAUCUAUGAACAGUUGAAUAUCAAUUACCUUUCCUCUCCAGACAGUAAAUCAUAUUCAAGUAUAAAAAAAUAUGAGAAUAAUGUUUCAACUUCAAUACCUUCUCCAAAAAGUACAACAUUAAGUCUCACAUCAAGCAGGAAGAAUAGUACCACUGCAACAAGUUCAUUAUCUGCUAGUUCUAACUAUAAUUAUGGAAAUAUCAUAUCAUGCAAAGCAUACAAAGAACAAUUAUUACCAGCUUCCCCAUCUACAGAACCUGCUACAGAGAAUACAAAUAUCGAUGUCGAAAGAAAGAAAACCACUACAAAAACAGAGGAUAUACGGAUUCCAAGUUCUUUCACUUCAAUGGAAACCUCAACUGAAGGUCAAUUAGUGGACUCAAAUGAAGCUAGCGCUAGGAAAAAAAGACAUUAUAACAAGAAAAGAAUUGUUCCAGAGGGAAUAGAAUCAAGCAGAACUCACAUUUUAAAAGCUGACAUAGUUAAACGCCGUAAAUAUAUUUGUCGAGUGUGUUCCAAAGGUCUCACUACAUCUGGUCAUUUAGCAAGGCACUAUAGAAUCCAUACUGGUGAAAAAAAUCAUUUUUGCCCAUAUGAAGGUUGUAAUCAAAGGUUCAGCAGGCAUGACAAUUGUAUUCAACAUUAUCGAACACAUUUGAAAAAAAGAUAA